AGAAGCAUCCGUCUCCAUCCGAGGCUGCCGAGGGGCAUCGGAGCGCAGCCAUGCCGGAGAACGUGAGCGCGAAGGGCGGGCUGGCGGGGAACGGCGCGAGGUGGAACCGCAGCAUCGGCGGGCUGCGGGGCUCCUACCAGGAUCGGGACAAGCCCUCGCAGAUCCGCUUCAGCAACAUCGCGGCCGGCAAAGCGGUUGCAGAUGCUGUUAGGACAAGCCUUGGACCAAAAGGAAUGGAUAAAAUGAUCCAAGACGCCAAAGGGGACGUGAUGAUCACAAAUGACGGCGCAACAAUCCUGAAGCAAAUGCAGGUUCUUCACCCGGCGGCGAAAAUGCUGGUAGAGUUAUCCAAAGCGCAAGAUAUUGAAGCCGGAGAUGGCACCACCUCUGUCGUCGUCAUUGCGGGAGCCCUCUUGGAAGCCUGUUCCAGGCUCCUUCAAAAAGGAAUCCACCCCACCAUCAUCUCCGAGUCGUUCCAGAAGGCGCUGGACAAAGGCGUGGAAGUCUUGACUGGCAUGGGGCAGACUGUGGAACUGAGUGACAGAGAAAGCCUGCUGAACAGCGCGACCACCGCCCUGAGUUCGAAGGUCGUCUCCCAGUAUUCCAGCCUGCUUUCCCCAAUGAGCGUUGACGCUGUGAUGAAGGUGAUCGAUCCAGCUACGGCCAGCGGCGUGGAUCUCCGGGACAUCAAAAUUGUGAAGAAACUGGGGGGAACCAUUGAUGACUGUGAGUUAGUCGAAGGGCUCGUCCUCACUCAGAAAUUGACCAGCACCGGCGUCUCCCGGGUGGAAAAAGCCAAGAUAGGCCUCAUUCAGUUUUGCUUGUCGGCUCCAAAGACAGAUAUGGACAACCAAAUUGUCGUCUCUGACUACACUCAAAUGGACAGGGUCUUGCGUGAGGAGAGAGCCUACAUUCUGAAUCUCAUUAAGCAAAUUAAGAAGAGCGGCUGCAACGUGCUGCUUAUUCAGAAAUCCAUCCUCCGGGAUGCGCUCAGCGAUCUUGCUCUGCACUUUUUGAACAAAAUGAAGAUCAUGGUGGUUAAAGACAUUGAAAGAGAAGACAUUGAGUUUAUAUGCAAGACUAUUGGAACAAAGCCGGUGGCUCAUAUUGAUCAGUUCACCAGCGACAUGCUCGGCUCUGCUGAACUGGCCGAAGAGGUCAGUUUGAAUGGCUCUGGAAAGCUGGUAAAGGUGACCGGUUGCGCCAGCCCUGGCAAAACUGUGACCAUCGUGGUGCGUGGCUCCAACAAACUCGUGAUGGAAGAAGCAGAACGGUCCAUUCAUGACGCCUUGUGCGUUGUCCGUUGUUUGGUCAAGAAAAGGGCCUUGAUUGCAGGUGGUGGAGCGCCUGAGAUAGAGCUGGCGUUGCGGUUGAACGAGUACUCCCGCAUCUUGAGCGGCAUGGAAUCGUACUGCGUCCGGGCUUAUGGGGAGGCCCUGGAAGUUAUUCCAUCUACCCUGGCCGAAAAUGCGGGCUUGAAUCCCAUCACUACUGUAACCGAGCUAAGAAACAGGCAUGCCCAAGGAGAGAGAACCUCGGGCAUUAAUGUGAGAAAGGGUGGGAUUUCCAAUAUCCUGGAAGAGUUGGUGGUCCAACCCUUAUUGGUCUCCAUCAGCGCUCUUACCCUAGCUACAGAAACUGUCCGCAGUAUUCUUAAGAUUGACGAUGUGGUGAACACUCGAUAAAGUGACUGAAGGAAAAGGCUUCUCAGCCCAGUAACUCAUCAGUUAGGACCUGUGGCUGUGUUGGACACCUACUUAACUCCCACCCACAUUGAAGUUCCUUUUGUC